GGCAACUCUGUUCGGUUGCUUGGAUUGUCGGUGACUGCGUCCUCUGUCCAAGUCAAUAGAAUCUGAAGACUGCCAGUCGUUUUCCGCUUGAUUGUCAGUUCACCUCAGUAGUCUCCAAGCAAAAUGGUGUCUGCCGUGCUUUUGUUGGCCGAGGGUGCCGAGGAAAUGGAAGCUGUCAUCACUAUUGACACCUUGAGGAGAGGCGGAGUAACAGUGACAGUUGCUGGUGUAGGUGGCGAUGGACCCGUCAAAUGUAGCAGGGAUGUGUAUAUUAAACCAGACAUGACCCUUACAGCUGCAGUUGCUAAAGGCCCUUAUGAUGCUGUUGUUAUUCCUGGUGGAAUGCAAGGAUCUGAAAAUGUUGCUGCUAGUGAUGAAGCAAAGGCACUCUUGACAGAGCAAGAGAAGGCUGGCAGAGUGAUUGCAGCUAUUUGUGCUGCACCUGCAAUUUGCCUCCCAGCACAUGGAGUUGGAGAGGGAAAGAAGGUGACUUGCUAUCCAUCUUUAGAAAAGAAAUUCCCUCCUGGAAAGUACACGUUCCAACCAGACAAGGUGGUGGUUGAUGGUCAACUUGUAACAUCACAAGGACCAGGAACAGCAUUUGACUUUGCCCUUGCUUUGGUGGAGAAGCUUGUAUCUGCUGAGAAACGCAAAACAGUUGCCAGUGGAUUGCUUCUUUAAGAGAAAAACCAUUAGUUUUGUUCAUGUGAUAUUGUGCAAUACAGUAUUUCCAUUCAAUUAAUUAUACGAUGUACUGUACUUGCUUGUGGUCAGUAAGGCAAAACUGAAAUUAUCUUCUGUACCUGCUUCAAGAUUGAUGGUGUUCCUUUAGAAAAACAGGCUCCUUAAAUAAUUCAUUAAGGAAGGAUAACCAUGUGUAAUAGCUUGGAUUACCCUCUUGAUGUUGAAUGUGAUACAUUUGUACUGUCUUAGGAUAUAAUAUUCUUAUAUAUAACUUUGCAUGUUAAUUGUUGGCUAGGCAAAGAACAUAAACCUUUAAAUGAUU